CCGUCAUGGUUGGUUGCAUGACUAACAAAGCGACAGAUGGCUUUCUGAAAGAAAACUACCUGGCGUCCGUUGUGCAAUAUUAUCAACGUCGUCAAUUGCACCUAUAAUCUAUUUCGAUAAAGGUGUAUACGGCAAGAUACAAGAACUCCCGAAAGACAGGAAGGUAGACCCAGCUCUCCGAACCAAUUACAGGUGUUUUUACACGACAUGUUUUUAUUGAUCUAGUUGUUGCUUUUUAUCCGGGUAUUUAAACAGAAAGAAAAUGGAGGAGAUGGACGUCGAAGUUGAAGAAAAAGAGGAUAAACCCGGUUUCUUUCGACGCAUGAGUGUUAGAUUGUCGAAAAGAAAAAAUAAGAAGAAAUCUACUGGAAAGUUCGAAGAAAUAACAAAGCCCGCGGGUUACGAACAUGAAGACCUUCACAAAAUCAUGAAGCGCCUGAAGCAGGAGGUCAGUGCACUGAAAGAUCUGCAUCGAGACUGGGAGCAGACGACCAAACGACCAAAGCUGGACCACGACUUCCGGGAGCACGUUGAGCAUGUGUAUACGUAUGCCAGCAUGAUAGCAACGCGUGUUGGUGUUGCCACAGUGCGGAAAGAAAUGACUGAUAGUUAUGAAAAUGAAAUUGCCAAACUUAAAGAUGACAUUCGUGAGUUGAGAAGAAGUAAUUAUAAUGACAAACGUCUACAAGACAAAGAUUUUGAAAUUCAGCGUUUGAAACGCGAAGUAGAGACAUUACGUAGUGAGAUAAGACUAAAACGCCAGUCUGAUUCAGACCAAGGUCCGGUCCCGGAAUACGAGAACCGACGAUAUUCAAGGGGAAGACUUCCCAAAAAAGAUGAAAAUGGUACCCCAGAUACAUCUAAAUAUAUAAUUCACGAUCUAAAGGAUAAAACAGAGAAACUGGCGAAGGAAAAUGAAAAACUUAAGCAAGAAAAUUCGGAUUUAGAAAAACUAUUGGAAGAUACCAUUAAUGAUAAUAAAGAAUUAUCAAAACGCAAUGCUGGGGCAAUGAGAGGCUUGCACUCUACCUUAAAUGCAAACAGAGCAGAUGAAGAUGAAACAGAAAACGAAAAGAAUUUAGGGACUGAGGAAACAUCAAUAUCAUCUUUGAGUUCUGUAGAAGAAGAUAAGAAAACACAAAUAGAUUAUGCCAACAAAGAAAAAAGACUACUUCAAAAAAUAGAAAAAUAUGAAAAAGAAAAUAAAGAACUGGAAACAAGGUUACAAGAAAAGGAGCAUGCAGAGCACCAGAAUCAGAAUACAAUACACAGACUGCAGCAAAAUCUACACGAGGAGCGCAAAGCUAAAGAAAAGGCGUUGGACAGGUUAACAGAAACAGCAUCACAAAGUAUGCGGUCUAAGAAUCCUAAUGUAACGGAUUUGAGUGACCCCAAUCGACCUCUGAAGAUAGCAGAAAAAUAUUCGGAACUCUAUGACAAUCAAUGGACUAAUGCAAUAGAAAAUCUAGAGUGUAUAGGAGUAGAAGAAGAAAAGGGAAUCAAGAUACUUUUAGAUAUUAUUACGACAAUAUAUAAAAAGUGUCAAUCUUAUGAAAAAGAACAGCUUGCGCAAAUCGAAGCACUGCUUUACAAUCCGCUGUUUUCACCAGGAAACACCAAAGAAUGUGUUAAUGGGGAGUUGGACAGUGUGUCAAAUGAGGUUCUUCAGCUGGUGUACGAUUGUAGGAAACAAUUAUCAGACAAAACUGUUAAAGUUCUUACUGAGAAAAUUAAGGAAGAGUUAACAAAAGACUUACUUAGUUCUGUUCAGUUAACUGCUUGUAGUGAAUACAUUCAGUGUUGUGUUCAGUAUUGUUGGUUAAUGGUCAUCCAAAACCCUCCAAUCUACAUGCAGUGGGACUUUAGAAGCGGAAUCUCUGAGUUUGAUAAAGACGUUCUGAAAUCGUAUACGAAGUGUGGUAAUACUGUGGCCUUCAUGGUAUGGCCAGUGCUAUACCUACACAAAGAUGGACCACUACUUAGUAAAGGGGUUGCACAAGGGACCAAUCGUGUAAUUAGUAAUGAAAGCGAGGUAUAACUACGUGGGGUUCUAUCUUUAGUUCUGAAUUUUAAUUUCAUAUAUAAUUUGGAGAAUUAUACAUGGAAAUCCAGAAUUUAAAUCAAGUUCUUAUUGUGAAUGCAAACCAUAAAAUUUGCAGUAGAGUUUGCUUUCAAAGAAAGCUCAUAUCUAAUCUUGAUUUUAUUUGUGAUGGUAGUUUUAUUGUAUGCGUAUGAUAAACAUUUCUCUAUGCCGUGGAUCUAAACUUUUAUGUGUUCAAAAACCAUUUUAAAUACAUGUACACAGGAAACCAUGGUUAUCAGCGUAUAGUAAAGCCAUAAUAUUAAUAGAGUGUAUUGGUAUACAUGUAUGUUGUUGAUUUUGUUAUGUAAAAAGCGAUUUCUUUCAGCUAUUUAUUAUUAGUGGUUGGCAGAUGUGUGGUUUACCAAUCUCACAUUGCCUUUGAAUUAAAAGAUAUCAAGUUAUGCACAAUAAAUCAAUAUUUAAAAAUUGUUGAUGUAUAUUAGCUGUAGGUUUGCAUUCCAGCAUAAAGUUGUGUAAUGGCAAGAAACGUUACUAAAUUUGAAGUCUUAUUGACGAAAUACAUAAUUUGUGGGCAUUGAAUAAA